CACACACACACACAGACACACACACAUUUUCUCUGUCUAUAGUCUUAGGGCAGUUAUUUGACAACUUAAGUCAUGCUCUGAAAGUCAGAGUGCCUUUAUCACAGUUCAGGGCAAUGGCAGGUAAACUCUGCUCAAAAUCAGGCCAAGGGUCUGAUCAUAUAGCAAAGAUUCCAAGAAAAGAAUGGGGCCCAGAGACUUGAAAUGAAGAUAUUUAGGUAGACAAGCGUAAGAGUUUUGAGCUCCUGGAUUACUCUGAGCUUUCCAGGCUGGCAGAUAUAGCCCCUAACCACUUGCCUCAGAAAAACAGUCUCUGCUUGCCUGGAGGAACAUGCAAUAACCUAAUCUGAAGCAGGUGCCUUUCAAGAUGAUUCUUGUUUUCUUCAAGAUAUGCCCCAACACCCUCAUUACCUCCUGGCUGAAAAACAAAGUCAGGUUUCAGCAUAGCCUGAGCAGGAAAGUACAAGCUCUGGUCUGGGAAGAAAUAGCCCACAUGCCAAAGGAAUUUCAGGAUCUGGCUAAUAGAUGUUAGCUGGGACUGGUGAAUGUGUAUAGGAGUGUAUCUUGAGUAUGUUAGACCAGGGGGACAGAAUACAAAGCUGAAUGGAGUAGAAUUCAUUAAUAUGAGGGUACUUAGCCAUAAUUCAGGAAUCCCAAUAAUUUAAAGGAUGGUUUUUUUCAAGUUUAUUUAUUUCUUUUGACAGUGACAGAGAGAGAGCGAGUAUGAAUGGGGGAGGGACAGAGAGAGGGAGAGAGAAAAUCAAGCAGGCUCCCCAGCAUCAGCACGGAGCCCAACGUGGGGCUCUACACAGGGCUCGAUCCCACAAACCAUGAGAUCAUGACCUGAGCUGAAACCAAGAGUCGGACCCUCAACGGACUGAGCCACCCAGGCACCCCAACAGGUUGGCUUCUUAAAGUGUGGAUCUGAUAUCGUUCUACAUCAAAUGAAGUAAAGAUGACAGAACUUCCUUGGCAUAAUAUUGAAGAAAGGAACAGAAAGUUCAGAGAGGUGGGAAUGUUAGAAUGAAUUUAUUUUAUAUGUCCUGGGAACCCAGCAGCUGGUUAUGUUCUUGGAAUGGUCAGGGAAUAUUCCCUUCACUGAGGAUGUAAAGAAUGCAGUGAUGCGGGAGCACCGGGAUCUUUGGAGAAGCUUAAUAGUUUCUGUCUUCUGUAGGCCAGGGUUAAUAAAUAGAGGGUUCUGCCAUGAAAUCUAGCAUCAUAAUAUUAGUGGGGAUGAAGCAAUUCCAGAAUGGCAAAGGCCAGGUGGUAGCAGUUAACAAAGGCUGCUGAGGUCAUUACCAUAAUGGAUAGGCAGGCCAGGGUGAAAACCAAGGUGUCUUUACCUACAGGGUAUCUGGUGUUGGCUAAUGGAUCAUGGUUUCACAGGGGCAAGUUGAAUGAGAAGGCAACAAAAGCGUUGCUUACUAGGUAUAAUCAGAAAAUUCAAGAAACAGUAAGCAAAAAUAUGAUAUAAGUUGCUGCAAUGGAAAAUUAUGGGCCCUCAUCUAGUUUCCAGAUCUCAACCCUUGAAGAAAUUAAGUAUUUAGCAGAGCCCUAGCCUGUGACAUUCGAGUUGUUAUGGGUGGAAGGGCCAGGCAGAAGUAUCUGAACCUGUCUACACCAGUGUUAAAUUGGAAGCAAUACUGCAAUCCAGAAGAAUUGACGAUACUUGUUCAAGCAUCAAAGACUUGGAAGAUGCAGGAAUAUUACCAUCCAGAACUGGGUACCACAGAGCCGUGCCAGUGAACAAGAGGGCACAAGAGUCCCCAGAAGCAUCGUUUCUUUCCGGACCCGGUUCUCUCUUCCUUUGCCCUCCAGGGGCCGCUGCGUUUUCCCGAAAGCGCGCGGGAGGUCUGGUUGCCGCGAGACCGUCGCCAGGCAACCGCGUGUACACACACUUCUGGCCGGCCAGGGUCUCGUCAAUAUGGCGGCGCCGGGCACCCCCUCGACCUCUCCCCUCGACCUGUCUCCCACAUCUGUGUCCCCGCCAGGACCGCCGCCGACCCCGCCCCCGACCUCGAACGCGCUCUCGAAGUCGCCCCUGGAGUCGAAGGCGAGCUCCCAGAGCCCACCGUCUCGCUCGACCUGCCAGGAGACCUCGUUGCCCUUCGCCGUGUUUUACGGGCCAUUGGACGCUAAAAACCCGCUCCUGGCCUCCUGCGAGAGGGAGAUCCGGGAAUUACUAGGCUUUAUGAGGAGAAAGAAGGCGUUAGCGACAACAGAGGAGCAGAAGCAUGAAUUCCACCGGCUUUGUGCCACCUCUUUGUUUAAUAUCUGGACCAAAUAUGCCCCGCGGCUGCCAGCUGCCUAUUACAAUGAAAAGCUUCUGAAGGUUGGAGAUAGCCUUUGUGAAAUAAAAGAAUAUAAAUUGGCCCUUUUACAGUGCUAUGGAAGGUACCUUCAGCAGUUCCAUGUCAACUUUGAUGAGAAUAAAGCAGAUGUGAAUCAAUUCAAAACUGCCUUUUUUCCAAAAGGCCUUGGAGACAAAACUUCUGCUCAUAUAUUUCAUGCUUUAAGUGGCAAAAAUAUUUGCAACUAUGAACUGGUCUGUGACAAUGACGUGAACCUGCAGAAUAAAGAAUCUGUGACCCAGUGCCUGCAGAUUUUGUCCUCCUUAAGACUCAUCAUGCAGGUGGCUUUGCCACUGGAACACCUUUGCUGGAUUAUUUUCAACGGUACCAUUUACAUUUACACCAUUUGCAGAAAACUGAUGAUCAUAGGUCAGUCUUCCAAGGCCUUGGAAUACCUCCUGUGGGCCAGUAUGUGUAUGGAGUUCUCGGUCCCGCUCCUGUCUGUCAGGUACCUGACGUGGCGGGCUACUCUUUACACUGCCGUCUGCCAGUGCUAUUAUGACUGCCAAGCUGGCGUUCAUGCAGAGGCAUUUGCUCGGCGUGCUUUAGCUAAAAUUGAUGAGUUAAGGCAACUGGAAUUGAUGAGUUCCUCACAAUCGCAGGAAGAAUCCAGAAGAUAUUAUAGAGAGGCCACCAUAAAGAUGGCAGUGAUGAUCUUCAAAAGAGGAGUAUUUGAAUCUAGAAGGAAACACAAAGGUUUGUUUAGACCAAAGAUAAGAGUGAACCUAAGGGAAGCUCAAACUUUGCCAUGGCCACGUACUGUCACGGAGCGGUUGUUGGAUGAGAUGUUUGAUAGCACCGCAUCCCGGUUUCUGGCUGUCUUAGAAGCUCUUUCUGAUUCAAAUAGGCGUACUCUACAAACUGGACCUAUUGUUACAGAUGAAGUAGAAGUUCGUGAUGUUGUCUCAGAACUGUUUAUGGCAGGAAAAGAACUUUUAAUAAUGUCAAAUAUUGGUGCAGAUGGAAUGCUUGAUUUUCCACAAACAUCUCUUCUGCAACUUAUUAUAAAAGGAAAAAAUGUUAUUUCUAUAGAUGCUGCUGUGAAAUUUGUAAAACUAGCUUUUACUUAUGAGGAAUGGAGUUUAUUUGAAUCUUCAGCUGGGCAGCUUAUUGAUUUUCUCCAGAGGCAGGAUGAUCCAGAGUUAAAGAAAGCAGAAAAGGAUUUAAUUCUUCUAAUUGCAAUAGAACCUUUAAUCAAUGUAAAGAGAAACAAAGGUUUGGUCUUUCCCAUGGAAAACUACAAAGAAGGACAGUCAGCUCAAAUUUAUGUUAAAAAAAUCGGUUUUCAUGAUACUUGUAAGACUUAUGGAUAUUCAGAAGACAUUUUCCAUUUGGCAGCAACCUUGUACUCCUGUGUCUGUGCCUCUCCCCAGAAUGCUCAGCCUGAUAAAGAAAUCGUUGUGGACACGAUAAUGUUCCUAUGGCAGAAAUGCAAAUUAGGAAUUCAGAGGAUCAAUAUGUCCAGAAAUGACUAUGCAAAAUUCAUCCAGAAAAUCAGCACUAAUAAAUGGGUUUAUCUUCUGUGGCAGAUAAAUGAAGUAAUUCACUGCUAUAAAAUGGAAGACAUUGACGUUGUGGUGGUGGCAGAGGUCACAUUACAAUUAAGUGAAAUAUUGGAGUCAUUAGGAAACCCACGAAAAAAAUUUAAAAAAUCUCUAGAGAUAUCUUUAAGGAAAGGGACUGGUGAAUUCCUUGAGACUUCAAAUGGGAGCCUGGAAAUUCUCCCAAUAUUGAAGAAAAAACCCGUGGAACAGUUAUUUUUGGCUUAUGAACUUCUUGACAAAGCAAUUGGUGGGAUAAAUUUGAAUUGCAAAUUAAGUACUUUGCCAAAUGGAUCAUCAGUGAUUGACCAUUGCUAUGCCAAGUAUACCCAGGAUACAGAUGGAGACAUCUGCAAACCAGUCACACCGAAUAGUUUCAUGAUGGAUUUACAUCUUGAACUAAUUCAAGCCCAACACCGAAUAGCUGUUGUGCUUCUUGACCAAUUGCAAGGUAUUUUGCAGACUCCAGCUGCUAGCAAGCAUGUAUCUGCCAAAGAUCCAAAAAAGCUGAAACAAUCUAGAAGCAUUGACUGUUUUACAGAAUUAAGUGUAAUGAAUAAAAUAAAGAAGAAUAAGCUGUCCAAAGCGAUUUACUUGAUGCAGAAAGCUCUUCUAGUAUUUGAAAAAGAUGCCGCCUCUACAUGUUCACACAACUUUUUGAUGGAAGCAUAUUCUUUAAUUGAGAAGAUUGAAACAGAACAAAAUGCCCUAUAUUCAUAUCAAAAAUAUGUGGAGAGUUCGGAAAGAAAGAAAAGCAGAAUCCCUCCCCCACCUAUCCUGCUAUCCCGAACUCAUUGUUCUGUGACAUUGAAACCUGCUCCAUUUAUUUCAGAUGUUAAGGUCUCCUGGUACUGCAUUUUGGGUUGCAAAGCAGAAGGAAGCUAUGGAAAAGUAAGGCUAAACAAUAAUCAUCUCCCAAACUCAGGAGAAGCGAUACCAGCUGAUGGUAAAAGCAUUUUUGAAGUGAAAGGUUUAGAAACAAAUGAAAAAUAUGUCUUUGCAAUUGCUGCUUAUUCUUCUAACGGGAAGCUUAUUGGUGAUGCCAUUGGGGAGACAACUAAACCAAUUCUGGUUUAUCCACCUCUUUCUGCUGUUACUACUCGGAUGUUCUUGACGCAGGUUGCCUAUCAGAUUGGUAACUAUGAGUUGGCUAAGAAGGUUUUCUCACCAGUUUGGGAUUAUUUUGUUGCUUCACCACAUCAUGAUGAACAAUCUGUUAUUUGCUUAAGCAAUAUAAUGACUAUUACACAGAGAAGAUUACAUUCAGAUAUUUUGGCAGAGACUUCUUCAAUCCUCUUAUACCUUUUUCUUAGAAAUAUUUUUGUAACAAGUGACAUUAAAAUUAAAGAAGAAAAUCUUUUCUGUGAUAAUAUUAAAGGCAAUGAGAUUUUCCCCUCUCAACAAAUUGCUAGAUUAAUUGAAUGUGAGAGAAUAUUAGUGGCAUUGGACCUUAGCAACUACCUAAAUGAUUCCAGUUAUGCCCUUCAAGCUGUGACUCAGUGUUAUGGCCUCCUUGCUCCUAUAAUCUACCACAAUGUUGUUUUGGUACCUGUUGUACAGAUCUUGAUAAAGUGUGUGGUGGUUUUGCAGGGACUACCAAACAUUGUCCACUCAAAGAAACAUUUUGCAAGUUUUGAAAGUGUACAGCACAUGAUAGCUUGCUGUGUCUUCUACAUAACAAAGAUUCUGCGUUCAUGGAAAGAAUAUGACCUGGCAGUUAUGAUUAUAAAUUAUGGAAAAAAGAUGUUAGACAUCACAUCAGGGUGCAAAUCUCUGUUUGGUGUGACUGACCAAGAAGAAACACAAGAGGAGGGUUCUUCUAAGAAGUCUUACAAGCCUAAGAAGCCACAGCAGAUAUUAUUACCUGAAAAAAUAAAUGAACAGCUGGCCUUGUUGGAGACCCACCUACUCAAACUGACGAAGCAAUAUGUUACAACUGAACUCUCAGGAACAGAGGACCCUGUAUUUCUUUACCCUAUUGUUUUAAACUGGUCGGUCAAAGGUGCUGUGAAAGAAGUUAUGAAAUUUAAGCAGAGACCUAGAUUCCUAGAAUUCUUUACACAAGUUAUGCUAAAAUGUAUGAACGAUGAAAAAUUUCAUCUUAUGGUGGAGAUAACAAAUCCUGUUUAUGACUUCUUAAAAAGGAGGAAUGAAUCCCUACUUGGAAUUAAAAGAACAAAAUAUAAAGACAAUAUUUUGUGUAAAAAGACAGGCAAACCUUUGAAGAAGUUCAAAGCUGCAGUAAUGGAGAUUGGAAGAACUAUAGAUAUGAUGCCAAGAAAAAGAAGUAAAAGAAAGGAAACUCUAAGAGAAUUCUUUUCUAAAAAUCCAUCUAUUGCUGAAAUGAUGGAACAUGAAAGAAAUAAGAGAACUGAUGUUAGAAAACUUGCCUAUCGAUCCCUGGUGGAGAACUUGAAUCCUAUAAUAUUAAAUUUUGUGAAAAGGAAGAGGUUCCAUCAACUAUUUCUUGAGGAGAUGCCCUGGAGAGCUCAGAUGAACCUGUAUCUGGCAAGUGCACACUUCUCCCUGCUUUUAACGAAACUAGCGGAACGAACGAAGAUGAAAUUUGGCACUUCACACCCAGUGGUCAGUUUCCGAUCAUGUGAUCCUAAUAUGUUCUCACUAUAUAAUUCUGGAACAGUAUUACCAACAGUGAAAUUGACUUUAGAAAACUAUAAAGCAAUACUUGAUUUCCUUCAUACAGCUAAAAAAAGAAAGGCCAACUUACCAUCAGAUGCUGAAGAAUUUUCCACAUUUAUUAAUUCCAGAAUGAGUGGUGAAAAUGUGUCAAAGACACAAACAGUUUAUGACUCAGACUCUCAGUCAGGUCUUAGUACUAAAGAAAAGGAUCGAGCAGCAAAUUUGGGUCUAUUGGAUCAUUUUAUGAAAAUCUUUUUAUAUUGCAGGAGAGCAAUGGUUCUUGCUCAUCGUGGAGGCUAUUGGACUCUGCUUCAGAAUAGCUGUAGGACCUUUUGGAACUUUACUCAGGAGCUACAGAUACUUCUUAAACAAGCAGUGGAUCUCUAUAAAACAUUUCCUGUUAGCCAGGAUGGUUUCCUCUGUACCUGUGUUUUGCCAUUCUAUUUGGGAGCAGAAUUACUUAUUGACAUGUUAAUAGAACUGCAAAAUACCAAUUCUAUUAAGGUUAUUGAAGAAAAGGGAGAGUUCAGUGUUCCAAGCUGCUAUGGAAAUAUUAAAAAUGAUAAUGGUGGUUCUAGCCUUCAUUUUGAGGAUCCGUUGGAUGAUGUAAAUGUGGUUGAUUUGAAAUGGAUCCAUGACUUUGUGUUAAAGUCUCUGGAGGUUUUAUAUCAAGUGGAAAAAUGGGAGACACUAGUAUCACUUGCCAUCCAGUUCAAUACAAUUUCACAUGAGAGAUACACAGAGCAAGUGACACCGCUCCUGGUAUAUGCACAGCGCCAGCUUCUUCUAAGAAUAUCCAAGUUCAAUGGCCCAGAUGUUACCCAACAACCUUGUGCAAGAUAUGAAGCUGAAUACGAAGAGAAGAUAACCUGCCGAAAUUUCAUUGGGAAGCAGCUCAAGAUUAAUCCUCCAACAAGUGAAGAGAAAGAUACAGGAAGCUGCACAGAUUUCUGUAAAAAGCUUAUCUAUUCAGAAUAUAGCCACGCCAAAGAGCUCAUUUGUGUGCCUGUGGAUGUGACAGACACUUUGCGAUGUUUUAGACAAACUUUGGAAAAAUCCAAAUAUGAUAGCAGAUCAAUCCGACACAGCAGAAAAUUGCUUUCAUUAUUCCUUGCACAGACACAAGGAGAUAAAGGAGGAAUAAACAAUGAGAAAUUUACCACUGGAAAGGUGGAGUUUUGCCUGGGGACAGAAGAGAUGCAUAUGCCAACACCCCCUGACCUCUCUCAGGAACACUUUAGAGUUUUCAGUUCAGUGGAAAAAAGUAAACUUCCCUAUUCACAACUCGGACUCGUAAUUUCCUCUUAUUAUGAAACUAUUGAUGUUCUCCAAGCCUGCAAUAAAAGAAGUCUUAAAGUUCAGGCAUUGCAUGAACUGGGAAGCCUUCUCAUCUUUGCUGAAAAGAAAAGGGCUGCUUUUAAAUGUUGGUGCCAAGCUCUUGAUGACAUAUUCAGAAAACAAGAUGUGCUGCAUACAUGGAAAGAGUUUGGUAGCUCGCUCACCAAUGCUACCAAUAGCUAUUUACCUCCAGGUUCCAAAGAUUAUAGUGAGGAAUUUCUGUCAAAUGUUGGCAUUUGGGGAUGUUUGCAAGGAGCGGUCAUAUCAGCAAAGAUAGCUCAAUUUAUUAAGAUCUCAGAGGUUGACGAGAGAACCAACUGUUGCAUUUUGUCUGCAUUACUCUUUCAGGGUUUGCUCAGAACCACACUUCCACACCCCAAAGCGGAACGUUGCUAUGCUCAGUAUGAAAUCACUCAGCUUCUCCCAGGCUUCGAGCUCUUCUCGGACAGAUACAGGGCUGACAUUUGCUCUGUAGUUGCAAGUCUGUAUUACGUUAUACGUGAACUGCACUUUGCUAAGCAAAAUCUAAUAAUUCUGCCUCUCCUUGCAUUGUAUCAGUAUUUUGUUUCUGGAAUUUGCCAAGACCUAGUCAGAAAUCUAGAAGCAAGGAUCCUCAAGAUAGAAGUCCUUACAGAUUUAGGAUUUUUUUCUGAAGCCUUUUAUGAGAUAUCCCAGAUUUUUUAUGGAAAAAACAUGCCUUCCUCAAUACCUGCAGGCUGUAAAGCUACUGGAAAAGUGAAGAUAUUUCAAUCAUUUGACUCAGGAAAACCUCUUACUAGUAAAGAAAAUUUACAGGCACUUGAUGAAUUAAUAAGUAAAGGAUUGCCUCUAAUUCUGGUCACAGUUGGCCAACCACAUCUCCUAAAUAAGUUUUCUUUCAUUAAAGCCUACUUUUUAAUAAGUGUGGCUGCAACAAUAAAUUGUGUCCCAGAAAAUUCAAUGAAAACAAUCUACCAUGGACUUGUUUCUGAGAAGAGUAGAGCAAACUUUCAAAACUUGAAAGAAUUAUGUUUAAAGGACGAGGGAAUCUCAUUUGGUCAGUUUGCAAAAAUUAAAGAUGACUUCACACUUAGCACAAUAAAGUCAGCUUUACUGACAGAAGCUGAGGACAGGCUAAACUUCCUUGUGUCAGAGAUGGAGCAUCCAGGCCGCAAGGACCUGUCCCAGUGUUCUGCUGGUGAGUUGGAGAUUGUGGUAGAGGCCAGGCUUCAGCUGGCUGCAAUUGCCCUGCAAAGACACCGGGCCGCAUACAGUGCUGCAAUAGUAUUUUCUACACUUAGACUUCUCCAGGAUUCAAAACUUUUUAAAAAGAAGGUAGUACAAGAUGACACAGAGAAUUCCAUCUCUCUGGGAGCUUCUGCCACUGAAAAUAAAGAUGAUGGUGAGUUUCUAGAUCCUACUUCCCUAAAUUCUCGAGAACAUUUCAACAUCCAUCUGUGGUUGAGAUGCCGCCUAGCAUUGGUGACCGCCUUUGUUGCACAGAUUCACGGCGUUGGAAUUGUGACAGAAAACAAUAUGACAGAUUACGUCAGCCUCAUCAACGAAGGGUGCAUGGAAGCAAAAAGUGCAGGAGACAGGGAGCUACAAGCUGAAUUCUUGAUGCAAGCUGUAAUCAUUGGCCUACAAGAAAAGCAUUUAAAGGCAGACAUCAUAACAAACCUUCAGGCUGUAAUACAUUUGCUUGAAGAAAGUGAAUUUAUUUCCCCUCGAUCUCAUUUAACCCUGGUGAGAAGCAUGCUUUUGCUGGAUGACUUAACAAAAGCUGAGAAAUUCAAGGAAACUCCUUCAAAAACAGAAAAAUUAUGUUUGUUGACUCAGGCUCACAACAUUCUUAUUGAACAGAUGCUAACUUUCGGAGAAACGAUUGAAUUUCCUUUAUCAAACACUGACUCUGCAAGUCCAUCGCAGCCUUUGAAAAAUAUCUAUCUUCCCCAUGUCAUGUUAUUGGCCAAAACAAAAAUGAGGAUUGGACAUACAGUGGCCAAACAAGUCUAUUAUACCAGUAAAAAGAAGGAUCCCUCGAAGUGGUUACCUGCCCUUCAUCUUUUUGAAAUGGCACGGAAGCUCUGUAAGGUAGCAGCAGCAGAAGAACGUGAGGUAGAGGCAGAAAUUCUUUUUCAGAAAGGCAAAAUAGAACGUCAAAUAUUGAUGGAAGAGAAAUCUCCAAGUUCACAACUUGAGACUUUAUUUGAAGCUAUACAACUAAGCUUGAGAAAUGAUCAAAACUCGGGGUUGAUAAGAGACUCCUACUUAGAAAUGGCCUUAUUAUUUUUACAUAUGAGGAAGCCAAAAAACAAUCUUUCAACACCACCAUUAACACUUAAGACUCCUACCAGAAGGCAUAGUUCUAUUAAAGAACCAACAGUAAAUAGAUUUGAAAUGUACGGUUCACUGGCCUGGACUGUGAUAAGAGCUGCUGCCCAGGUCAGUGAAGCUGUGCUAGCAGUUAAUCUACUUAUUGGAAAGAAGAAUGCUAGAACUGAUAAAGUCAGCCAAGGGGCCUUACCAAAUAUCCCCGAAUUUGCCACUGUGGAUCUUUUGUCUUCAUAUACAGAUUAUUUGCUUGAUAACUACCAAGUGGUGUUCCAGACUGCCUGUACAUUUUCUUAUCAAAAUGAUGGCAUGUGUGACAACACAGAUGCUAGAAAAAAGACUCCGACUAAAGUGGAUAUUACGUGGAUUCUUCUACUGCGCUACUAUAUUCAUCUGCAAAGGAUUAAUAAUAUGAGCAAAUUGCUAGCAUCUCCAAAGCCAGGAUCUGGAAUUUCUUUGCCAGAUGAUACACUUCUCACAUCCCUUUUCAACUCUGGGCUGAUAUUGCGCCAAAAGGAAAUGCAUUUUUUCCUUAAAAGAUUUUUACAGCUGUAUUCUUCCUCUUGUAUUGAUGAAUUUCCAAAAGAACUAUGUCAAGGAGUGGAAACUACAUUUUUCUCAGAAAAAAACUUAUAUAACUCAGUCAAGUUAUGUCAUGACAGUACUCUAUACUCUGAUUCAUCAUUAAAGCUCUCUGCCAGCCCAUCUUCAGGAGAUGUGUCAUCAGAUAUGAACAUACAAGAUUUAAACAAAGAACUUUGCUUUCAAUGGUACAUUCCUCCUCUAGAAAGACCCCCAAAGGAAACAGAACCUAUGGUUUUAUUGUUGUAUGCAUAUAACAUGAGGCCCCAGAAUAUUUCAGAGGCUGUGCCUAAUAGCACUUCUAGCGAUGUCUAUGUUGGCUCUUUCUGGGUUCCACUGAACAGGCAAGUAAUGAUGGAUUUCCUACAACUCUGCUAAUAUUUUCCUUAGAACAGACUGUUUUAGUAAUAUUCAAGGUAAGUCACAGGAGAACUUUUAGAAGACAUUUUUAGAAGAAUCUUCCUUUUAAUUAGAGGAGUAUGAUAUUGCAGUGGUUAAGAGUAUGAACUCUGAAUCCAGCCUGCUUUGGGUCAAAUGCCAAUCGUGCCCCUUAUUCACUUUGCAAACUUGAGCUUGUUACUUAACCUCUCUGUGCUUCAGUCACCCCAUCAAUGAAGUGGGAAUAAGAAUAAUAGUACUUAGGGUUGUGGAGAAACACUUCCUGACACUUCAUAAAGAUUUUAGAGAGUACAAGGAUAUAUAUUAUAUUUUGCCUAUAAUUUGGGGCAUAUUUAAAAAAUUUUUUAAUGCUUAUUUAUUUUUGAAAGAGAGACAGAGCAUGAGAGGGGAAGGGACAGAGAGAGAAGGAGACACAGAAUCUGAAGCAGGCUCCAGGCUCUGAACUGUCAGCACAGAGCCUGGUGCAGGGCUCGAACUCACAAGCCUGGAGACCAUGACCUGAGCCGAAGUUGGCUACUUAAUCGACUGAGCCACCCAGGCACCCCUAAUUUGGGGCAUAUUUAAAAAGUAACAUGUGGCACCGUAUUGGGUUGCAAAAUUAUGGACAAACUCCACGCCCUCCAUUGUCCCACCCUUCCCUAUUUUACAUUGUUCCCCACAUCAAAAGCCUCUGCUUCAUCCAGGUUGUUUUCCUUUCUCUCCAUCAAACAGGGCAUGUCUCUAACUUUUGCUCAUGCCUGGUUUCUCUCUUCUCCUGUUUCACUUUACCAAAUUCCUAGUUGGUUUUUAAUUUUUUUCAUUGCUUAGUUAAUUUAGUUUUGAUUCCAUUGUUCACCGUCCUUGUGACCUCAACUCCAUCGCCUCAGUUGUAAAAUGGAAAGAAUAUCUACUCUGCCUGCCUUUCAGGGUUGUUAAGAUCAAGACAGACAACAUAUGCAUAUCUUCUGAAAGGCCGAAAGCACUGGGCAAAUGUCAAGUCUUGUUACUAACCCCUGUGUCUAUCAGUGUCAGCUCUUUGCCCUGUUAGGCACCUAGUAAGUGCUUAGCGAACAGAGACCUGGUUCUUCCCUGAAGAGCCUUGUUCAUGCUCCAAGAUUUUCAUUUUGAAGGACUUCUUGGCCUUGCCAUAAAAGAGAAUAAAACAAGAGAUGUUUCAAGAGCUGGCAUAUUUUCAAUUAUUCAGCCAAUUUUCUUUUUUCCCUUUUUCCUUUUUUUUUUUUUUUUUUGAACUGGCAGAAAAUCUAGGCACAGGACAUAUACCAGCACAGCUAAGCAACAAAGUUAUGAAAUUAUAUACUUGCUUUGUGUACAUAAAUAUGGCAAGAUAUUUUUUUAGAAUCACAUGAUGAAAAUGAUGAUAAUUUCUGCAGAGUGGAAUGAAAUCAAAAUGACAGAAUUCUUUUUUAUUCCAAAAAGUUUGUAAUUUGAAUGUGUUUAUGAUCAGUGGUAGGUUUACUCAGGUUAGGGACAUGAACCUGGCCAACACAGAGGAGGGUGCCUGGCAGUAUCUCAUCUAACCUAUCCCUUGGGGACACAGUUGAAAGCUGCCCAUUUCCCUCAUCUAGGCUGGCAUUGCUUGUAUUCUUAGGAGGGCCAGGGUAAGAUAGGUACGUGGGGAGUUGCUCUUGUUGACCAUCUUUCAGAAGGCAAAGUAAGAAUACAAGGGGUCAGAAAAAAAUAAGCCAGAGAAGGAACCAGAAUAGCCUUCAAAUUGGGCAGUCCUCUUGAAUCGUUCAUUUCACGUCCUAAUCUCCAAAUUAAGUACUUACAAGGAAAAACAUUUUAAUUCUUGGCAUUUUUCUAUAGCAACAAAAGAAAAGAUAGUGUUCUCAAUAGACACGCAUAAAUGUUUCUGUGUAGUUCUAUCUAAUUAUGUUCUUCUAACCAAGAUCCAGUUCCCUGCCUGCUGUCUCUGCCUUCAAGUCUCCUGCCAUCCACAUUUCUACUUCUGCCCGGGUCCUGCUUCGAGGCCCUGGCAGCCUGGGGGGGGAGAGAGUGCCGUUAGUCAGUAAAUGAGAGCAGAGGCUGUGGGGAGCUGGUCUAGCCUGGAUGAGAUGAUGGAUGUUUGUGGGCCAAUGUGGGAAUUCAAAAGCUGGACUGAGCAUUGACACGGAUGGGGAGGUCAAGAUGUGUAUGGGCAAGAUGUUGGGCAAAUGGGGUCAUGAGAUGAACCUGAGAUGCUAGGUCCUCUGAUGCUGCUCCUUGAUCAGGGGCCCAGCCACCCCCACCCCCACCCCCCACCCCCAGCCUGCUUUUUACAGAGUUAGACCAAGACAUUUGUUUUUGAAACAGAUAGUACAGCUCUGGACAUUCACUGACAAUCUGAAACCCAAACAUCAAAGAACAGUUUAUCCUUCCUGCAAUUCCAUGUAUUAGAAGGGGAAGCUACAUUAUUUUUGAAAGAGAAGCGGGAAUUAUAAGAAUUCUUUCUUGGGUAUUAGAAUGAAGAACAGUGUGUUAGAAUAUCAUCUUUCUCUCAUGUGGCUUCUCAUGGUUAGGAAUGUACAUAGUUAUGUCAUUUCAUCGGUACAAAAUGCUGUGAAGUAGAUGAAGCAGGUUUUAUUAUUCCAGUCUUGCAGUAGGAGGAAUGUCAGGGUCAGAGAGGUUAGGUGGCUUGUGCAGGGUCUCAUGGCUGAUGUGUGUUGGAACCAAGCAUGCUUCUCCCAGGUCCUUUGAGUCCCACCUGUUCUCUCUCCAGUGCAUCAGGCAGCCUUUCCGCCAUUCUUGGAGAUGACCCUUUUUUUUUUUUUAAUGGAUGUCUUCCAAGUGAACUUUUAAUAACAUAUCUUUACAUUUUAACCAUUGUCCUUUUUUUAUAAAAGAGUUUCUUAAACACACUAUAUAAUUUCAGAUCCUCUUAUGUAUAAUUAAAGGUACUUUUUCACCUUCUAUCACGGUCAUCGAGUAUUAUACCAUGCUGCAGAUGAGGACCCUGUGGAACAUUGGAGAAUUGACAUUCCUGUGUAUGUUUUUGAUGUCAGUUUGACUUAAUGGAUAAUUUACUUCUUUCUCAUAAAAGUUUCCUUCCUUCCUUGGAUGGAGACACCCACACUGACGCACACACACAUGCAUGCAUAUAUGUGCUGUAUCCCAUAGCAUAGACUCACUGAAGGUCACACAGGUGGCUGUUUGCCUCCUUCAGCUGCUUCAAAUGCUUUUUCUCCUCCUGACUCCACUCACCCAUUUGCCUCUGCCUUCAGAGUAUCCACUGUUCACUGGCCUGUGGCCCCAGAAGCUUUCUGUCUUCAGCAUAAUUGCCGCUGUGUCCUGUGCCUUCCUCCUUGGCUUUUGCUUUUCCUUCUUUCUUGAUCCUGCUCCCUGCCCUUUCACCCCUCCCGCACAAUAUACUUCAUUGUUAUGGGCUCAUUGAUUGGCCUUUGCAAGCCAUUGCUAACUUGCCAUAAUUCUUACCUUCAGGUCAGCAGGGCAGUCAAGGCACAGCAUUAAGAUUUACAUAGGAGCAAACCUUUUGUUAUUGCCUGGACUUUCUUUGCUCACGUAAAUGUUCAUUUUCUUUUUUUUUCAUCUUAAGCAGUAUUUUGGAUGUGUGCAUUUCUGUCAUUGUGCCUUUGCCAGUUUGUCAUUUUAAAUCUCUCAGAGUAUAUAACUAGGUCAUAAAUAUUAUACGGGUUAGAAUUGUUUCUCUUUGCUCAUGUUUCUUGAAUGAAGGAAUUAUUGAAUGAAUGAUGUUUGGGAAUGCCGGAAACCCCAGUGUUAAAUACCUGAGGACUAACUUUACACAUAUUACAGAUUCUGGGAAUAAACGAAUGCCUUUCUUAGCUUUUCAAGUAAAAUACAUGUGCAUCUGUUAUUUUUAGGGUCAUUUCAAUUCAUGAGAAACUAUCUAAUCUUACGCAAAUAGCUGAAAUAUCAUUGCCAACAACUCCUGAAAUUACUUCAGAUGAAAAUGUAUCCGAAAUGCAAGAAAUG